AACCCAGCAAUGAAUUUGUGUCUUUCUCUCUUCUGAACUGCCGACAUAUAAUUUCUCUUGAAUCUUCUUAUUAGCUGAAAGAAACUAAGAGCGAGUAGUAGUGAAGAAAAUGAGAAGCAUAAACCCUUCUUUGAAUUAUCAUUAUUCAUCGAUGUUCCUCACAAAGAGAGUUAUUCCAUGCACUCUCUAUGUGGUUACAUCACCCAUGUCUCUUUUUCCAAUGGUUUUCCUUUGCUUUUAUCUAUACUUUACACCAUCUCCACAAACUCAUCAUCCUCUUCACUAUUCAAUUUCUAGUGCUAUUGCCUCCCCUCCCCUUCCUCCUCCUCCUCUUCUACUGCCGCCACCUCCUUCUCCUCCACUAUAUCCAUUGUCUCCUCCUCUUCUACUGACACCGCCGCCUCCUCCUCCUCCUCCGCUAUAUCCAUUGUCUCUUCCUCUUUCUCAUCCUCUUUCUACUUUUCCACCACCCGUUUCUUUUCCUCCUCCGUCAGCACCACCACCACUACUGCCACCAUCUUCUCCUCCUCCUCCUCCUUUUACCACCACUAUUACAGAAAUGGCAACUGCUUAUAAGAUCCGAUCAUGUGACUACACGAAUGGAAAAUGGGUCCCUUAUAGAAAAGGUCCUAUGUAUAAUAGCACCUCAUGUCCUUUUAUCAAAGAUACUCAAAAUUGCAAAGCCAAUGGAAGGCCUGACUCAGAAUAUCUCUAUUGGAGAUGGAAACCAAAUAAAUGCAGUCUUCCAAAGUUUGGACCAAACACUUUCCUCCAGCAUGUUUCCAACAAGCACAUAGCUUUUAUUGGAGACUCAGUUUCUAGGAACCAAUUUGUCUCUCUUAUUUGCAUGCUAUCCACUGCCUCAACUCCUAACCCUAUUGCUUUCAACAAAUGGCACUUUCCUUCCCAUAAUGUACAUUUUUCCUUCUAUUGGUCCCCAUUUCUUGUGGAAGGUGUGCAAAGAGUGAUAACUGAGCCCAAUUACCAUAACAAAAUGCAUUUGGACCGUGUUAAUGAGAAGUGGGCGGAGCAUUUAGAUAAAAUGGAUUUGAUUGUUCUUUCACUAGGUCAUUGGUUUGAUGUUCCUUCAAUUUACUAUGAGGGUGGUUCAAUUGUGGGUUGUCUAAAGUUUCAACAUCCUAAUUGCACAACAAAAAUGGACAUGUAUGGCCCAAUAAGAAAGGCUUUGAGGCUCGCUAUUAAUACCAUAAUAGAGAGAAAAGCAUCAAAGGGUGAUAAAGUGGAUGUAAUUGUGAGAACAUAUUCUCCUUCUCAUUUUGAGGAAGGUGGUUGGGAUAAAGGAGGUACUUGUGCAAGAAGCAGGCCUUACGUGAAGCUUGGAAGGAAGAAGUUUAGAGGAAUGAAUGCUGCCAUUAGAAAGAUUGAUAUGCAAGAAGUGGAAAUUGCCAAGGAAAAAGGCAAAGAAUUUGGAGGGUUUAGGAUAGAGGCAAUGGAUGUGACUAAGUUAUCAUUGUUGAGACCAGAUGGGCAUCCAGGAGCUUAUAUGGUCCCUUUUCCAUUUGCUAAUGGGGUUCCCAAACUUGUUCAAAAUGAUUGUGUUCAUUGGUGUUUGCCUGGUCCUAUUGAUACAUGGAAUGAGAUUCUUCUAGAGAUGAUAAAGAAUUGGGGUAAAGCCAGGGACUGAUGAAGAACAAUCAGAUAUUCUUCUAUUCAAGAAGAAAAAAAAUGUAAAUACAUUUGUCACAAUUUAUUCUUUCCGCCAUUAUUGGGUUGUGAAUAAUGUUGCAUUAGAAGGAAGCAACAAUUUCAAUAAAAUGAUUAAGUGUUGAUUAUGUUUCAUUA